AUGGGGCGAAAUGUAGCCGCUCGAGGGCUAGAAAACGACACCAUUGCUGACCAUGUAGUGCUGUAUCAACAUCAGCGUCGUUUAAUUAGAGAGCGUUUACGCGCUAAAGAUGAACAGCUGGCAGCAAUGGAAGCAGACAGAAUGCGUACACUAGAGAGAUGUAAGGAGCUGCAGAGGGCCCUCAUGGACGUGCUUGCACGUACUGGGGCGUUAAAGGAAUAUGAGGUCAGAGAUCGACCGCAUUCGAACCAUGCAAAACGACCGAAGAAGAAAGUUGCACGAUCAUACAGCCACAGCACAGUAGACGAGUUUAGUGGAGAUGAGGAUGUGAUUGUGAACGGUUCAGAUAUGGAGGUACCUCCCAGAUCGUCUCUGGGUUCUGAGGACGAGAAUGCAUUGAGCGAAGAAGGUCGAAGUGAAUCCGUGGAACCUGUGGAAAUCGGUGGGCCAUCAGUGAUGCAGAAAACACAGCGAUCGGUAACGCCAAAUUCCGUACCUGAGACUGAUGCGGCAGUGCGAAGAAUCUUGCAAAUUAUUACGGAUAUCAGUAAGCCGCCUCAUCCAACUGCUGCGGACAAUCUGCACUGCACUCAAUGCAUUGGUGAAAUUCAGACAUUGGCCAGUGCAAUGACGGUAGCAGUUCUCCAUCGGCCGUGGAAUAUCUAUGAGCGACUCUUCCUCUAUGGAUUGUUUGGCUUCGCAGCAGAGGUGUGCUUCACUGCAACGUGGGAAGCUGUGGAGCAUGGAAAUCGGAAGCUGAUCGGCGUGACUUCCAUGUACAUUUUCUUUGUGUAUGGCUUGUCAAUUUUACUACUGGAGAAGCUUUACUUGAUCCUCAAGGAUAUAGUUCCACUUCCUCUACGUGCCGCAAUCUACGUUUUUGUAUGCUAUUUUUGGGAGUUCAGCACUGGCCUAUUCUUGAAGCGCUGGGAUGCCUGCCCAUGGGAUUACGAAAGUUAUUUCCACUAUCAUUUCAUGGGACUUAUUACUUUCGAAUAUAUUCCUGUAUGGUACAUAUCGUCGAUAGCUUGCGAGCGAUUCCUAAUUCGUUAUGCACUUCAGUCGGCUUGGUUUGUUACAGAGAUGAUCAGUACUGAGCCAGCUGCGAAAGAUAAUUGA